AAUGGGUGGCGGAGGAAGGGUAGAAGCGGGACUUCGGGGGAAAGCUCAGGACCUGUUGGCUGGACAGGCUUGGGAACGGGGAAGAUCCUGUAACUGAAGACAACGGCUAGGUCAAGGCAUGGGGAAGGGCUGGUCAAGUUACGGGGAAGCGACUGGGUCCGUGGUAGGGAAGAGGUGGAGCCCAUGCUUGGAGCCAGGUCGUGAGGAUGGAGCUUGGGUUCAAAGUCCAGCCUCUAGGUCAAGACGUGGGGCAGGGCUUGAUAGUGACUGACGGAGGGGAAGAGCUGCGUCUGAGGGCGUGGCCUGUAAUAAUGAUUGGCAAAGAAGCCUGAGGAGGGUUAGGAACCAGGAAGCCUGUAUCCAACAGGGGAUGGGGGCGGGACCCUGAUCCAGGGGCGGAGCCUGUCCGGAACACGGCCAAUUCUAGGCAGGAGGGCGGGGCCCAGCCCGAAGGCGGUGGCCUGGGCUCCCCGAAGAGGCGGGGCCGGGGCCGGGGGGCGGAGCCCGGUUGGCUGUGGGGCGGGGCCCCAGCGGCCAGCGGCCUCAGCGCUCUCCGCCUCCCCAGGAUGCGGGCUCCGGGUGCAGGUUCGGCUUCCGUGGUCUCGCUGGUGCUGCUGUGGCUGCUGGGGCUGCCGUGGACCUGGAGCGCAGCGGCGGCGCUCGGCGUGUACGUGGGCGGCGGCGGCUGGCGUUUCCUGCGUAUCGUCUGCAAGACCGCGAGGCGGGACCUCUUCGGCCUCUCUGUGCUGAUCCGCGUGCGCCUGGAGCUGCGGCGGCACCAGCGUGCCCGCCACACCAUCCCACGGAUCUUCCAGGUGGUGGCACAGAGGCAGCCUGACCGCCUGGCGCUGGUGGACGCGGGCAGCGGCGUGUGCUGGACCUUUGCGCAGCUGGACGCCUACUCCAAUGCCGUGGCCAACCUCUUCUGCCGGCUGGGCUUCACUCCAGGUGACGUGGUGGCCAUCCUCCUGGAGGGCCGGCCCGAGUUCGUGGGGCUGUGGCUGGGCCUGGCCAAGGCGGGCGUGGAAGCCGCGCUGCUCAAUGUGAACCUGCGGCGGGAGCCCCUGGCCUUCUGCCUGGGCACCUCGGGUGCCAAGGCGCUCAUCUUCGGAGGGGAGCUGGCAGCAGCGGUGGCCGAGGUGAGCGGACAGCUGGGGAAGAGUCUGCUCAAGUUCUGCUCUGGAGAACUGGGGCCUGAGGGCAUCCUGCCGGACGCCCGACUCCUGGACCCGUUGCUGAAGGAGGCCUCCACCGCCCCCCUGGCACAGCCCCCUGACAAGGGAAUGGAUGAUCGACUCUUCUACAUCUACACGUCGGGGACCACGGGGCUGCCCAAGGCCGCCAUUGUAGUGCACAGCAGGUACUACCGCAUCGCAGCCUUCGGCCACUACGCCUACAGCAUGCAGGUGGCAGACGUGCUCUAUGACUGCCUGCCCCUGUACCACACGGCAGGCAACAUCAUGGGCGUGGGGCAGUGUCUCCUCUACGGGCUGACGGUGGUCCUCCGCAAGAAGUUCUCAGCCAGCCGCUUCUGGGAUGACUGCGUCAAGUACAACUGCACGGUGGUCCAGUACAUCGGGGAGAUCUGCCGCUACCUGCUGAAGCAGCCGGUGCGCGAGGCCGAGGGGCGGCACCGCGUGCGCCUGGCCGUGGGCAACGGGCUGCGGCCCGCCAUCUGGGAGGAGUUCACCGAGCGCUUCGGCGUGCGCCAGAUCGGCGAGUUCUAUGGAGCGACCGAGUGUAACUGCAGCAUCGCCAACGUGGACGGGAAGGUCGGCUCCUGUGGCUUUAACAGCCGUAUCUUGCCCCAUGUGUACCCCAUCCGGCUGGUGAAGGUCAACGAGGACACCAUGGAACUAUUGCGGGAUGCCCAGGGCCUCUGCAUCCCGUGUCAGGCCGGGGAGCCUGGCCUCCUCGUGGGCCAGAUCAACCAGCAGGACCCGCUGCGUCGCUUCGAUGGCUACAUCAGCGAGAGCGCCACCAGCAAGAAGAUCGCCCACAGUGUCUUCCGCAAGGGCGACAGCGCCUACCUCUCAGGUGACGUGCUGGUGAUGGAUGAGCUGGGCUACAUGUACUUCCGGGACCGUGGCGGGGACACCUUCCGCUGGCGUGGGGAGAAUGUCUCCACUACUGAGGUGGAGGGCGUGCUCAGCCGCCUGCUGGGCCAGACAGAUGUGGCUGUGUACGGGGUGGCUGUGCCAGGAGUAGAGGGCAAAGCGGGCAUGGCGGCCAUCGCAGACCCCCACGGCCAGCUGAGCCCCAAUGUGCUGUACCAAGAGCUGCAGAAGGUGCUGGCGCCCUAUGCCCGGCCCAUCUUCCUACGCCUCCUGCCUCAAGUGGACACUACAGGCACCUUCAAGAUCCAGAAGACUCGGCUGCAGCAUGAGGGCUUUGACCCACGCCAGACCUCGGACCGGCUCUUCUUCCUGGACCUGAAGCAGGGCCACUACCUGCCCCUCGACCAGAGUGUCUAUACUCGCAUCUGCUCGGGUGCCUUUGCCCUCUGACGCUCCUCCUCCGCCCACUGGAGACUCCCAGCCCGGCCCUGCCAGGGAGGCUGGGGGGCUGGCCCAGCCAUGCCAGGUGGGGCCACCCUGGUGUUCAGCAGCACCCAGGAAGAGCCCACGGCUCUGCUACCCUCUCUCUCCUCUCUCCUCCUCGGGGCUGUCUCCUGCCUGAGUUCCCAUGCCUGUGGCUCUGUGCGUCUCUCUCCUCCCUGCUUCUCAGCCUCCCCGCUGUCCCGUAUGCCCACACCUCUUCCCUCUUUCUUUUCCCCUGCUCUCUCCUGAGAUCUGCGGGCAUGCAGGGCCCAGCUGUCCUCCCUGCUGGGUCAUGGACCCAGAGCGGAGCUUCUCAGCCUCCCGAGUCUCAGCUGUGCCUUAAGGAGCGACAGUCCGCGCCUCCCCAGGCUGCUGGGCCCCAGGGCGUCACAGGCCAGUCUGAGCUCCAGACAGACCCUCUAUCACCCUUCCCGAGCAGAGGAUCCACGUGGUUUGCCCCGCCCACCUGGGUGUCGGGGGGGGGGUCAUUGUCAAGGGACCUCCAGGCCAGCUAGAAAUCUCUCCCAGGCUGGGCCAGUUGCCUUUUGCACUUAACCGUCUUUGGUGGGCCUCCCUCCUGUCCCCUGUCUGCCCUUCCUGAUGCCCGGAAGCUUCCAGAAUUGACUGUGACCCCUUAGACAUUGCCCCUGCCCAGAUGUCUCCUUUUAGGUGCCUCCACGGAGCUCUUGCUAGAGGAGCCUUGAAGACUGCGCUGGGUGGCUGUUCGGCUCACCAUCCAGACACUCACCCUGGCAGAGGACUCUAGGGGGUCCCCAUCUGACGCCGCUGCUGGUGGGACCCACAGGAGUGGCAGCGGUGGUGUAGGGGGAGGUCUCCCGCCUGGGGGUGGUGUCUGAGAUGGACUUCGGGGCCUUGGAAGUUCCAGCCCGUUGAAUAUCCCCAGUGGCUUUGUUGGUGACAGUUCAGACCCCGUGUUGGUGGUCGGCCUCAUUGGUGGCUCAUCCCGGACUCCUGGCCACUCAGACUGUCCGUCCCGCCCCCCAAUUCUGCAGUAGCGUACAGCCCCUCAAACACUGGGGCCAGUGCUGUUGCGCAUGGGCUUUUCCAAGCACCAAGGUUUUGUUUCCUAGUUGAAUUGAAGAAAUAAACCUGCAGAGUGUCCACUGCCUGAA